GAUCCAUUUGAACCGGAGGCUACCGCUGCCUCAAGGGCCUCCUCGCUCGCUCGCCAGUCGCCACCCGCUCACGGAGACAGAGAGGCCGAUGGCGAGCUCGCUGGCCCGCCUGGGAGCGGCGCUGCCACGCGCGCGCCCACGCGCUGCGACCCGCACCCUGCCACCGCCGCGGUGGGACGCCGCGGCGCUCGGCGCCUCCCGCCGCGCCGCACCGAACGUUUGCAGGUGCCUAGUUCAUUCCGACGUUAAAGUAGCCCCUACAUCGGACUUCAAGGACAGUAGCAAAUCUGAAACUUGGAGGAUCAAGAUGCUCUACGACGGUGAUUGCCCUCUCUGUAUGCGUGAGGUAAACAUGCUAAGAGAAAGAAACAAAUCCUAUGGAGCAAUAAAGUUUGUUGACAUAAGCUCGAAAGAUUACUCUCCAGAUGACAAUCAGGGCCUUGAUUAUGAAACUUCCAUGGGGAGGAUACAUGCGGUUCUUUCAGAUGGAACUGUUGUCACAGACGUUGAGGCAUUUAGAAAACUGUACGAGGAAGUAGGACUUGGAUGGGUUUAUGCUGUUACUAAGUAUGAGCCUGUAGCUAGCAUGGCAAAUGCAGUAUAUGGUUUGUGGGCAAAAUACCGUAUGCAAAUUACAGGUCGACCUCCGCUAGAAGAGAUCAUGGCAUCCCGAAGAGCUGCAGGCGAAUGUAAAGAUGACAAAGUAUGCAAGAUGUGAGCAUAAAGAUGUUAUACUGUGCUACAUACCUCGCCUCUAGCCAUGCUUUAUAUAGGCUAAGGCUCGUAUAUAUGGCUUUAACAGUACAAAUAAUCGCAGUUGUAUUAGAAAAAAAAAGGUGAAUAGCUUAUGUAAUGGUUUAUCAAAGUACAUAUGAUUGUACAUUUGUAUGUACACUGUACUGGUUCACGCAUGUAAAAACGAUCCACCACAGAUCGAGCUGACUCACAUUGUCUGUUCUACCAA